UUCCCCUCACCUCCUCUGUGCUUGUUACGUCAGCGCCACGCAACAGCCGCCGCUACUAUAUAAGCGGUCCGAGAGGCAGAGCAGCCACCAGUCCCCGACGCACCUCAGCCCCCGACAUGGCCCUCAAGCUCAUCCUCCUGUCCGCCUUCGUGGCCGUCGCCUUCGCCGACACGGCUCCCUAUAGACCGCCCCCUCCUCCUCCCACCUACAGCGCCCCCGCGCCAUCCUACAACGCACCCCAGCCAGUGAGUCCCCCUAAGUAUGACUUCAGCUGGAACGUCAAGGACGACCCUUCCGGCAACGACUACGGCCACCAGGAGGGCCGCGACGGCUACGACACCCAGGGAUCCUACUACGUGCAGCUGCCCGACGGCCGCCUGCAGGAGGUCACCUACACCGUCAACGGCGACUCAGGCUUCGUGGCCCAGGUUAACUACCAGGGCGAGGCCCAGUACCCAACACAGCAGGGCUACGGCUCCGCCCCUUCCUAUCAGGCCCCCGCCCCGUCCUACCAGCAGCCCCGCCCGUCCUACGCGUAAUGCUCCACCGUCGUGACAGCCAAGUCUUUCACUCUCUGUAAAUACUCCAUUGUAUCAGUGCGUUCCUCCUUCCUGCAAAGCAAUAAACAAAGGUAAUAAAA